AUGGAGGCGUCGGCGUCUUUGUGCACCCCAUCUGGAGUCCGAAGCAAGCUCACGUUCAAGAUCUCCGGCUAUAGCUUUCAAAGGGGCUUCGGUGUUGGCAAGUACUUCUCGUCUGCCGCCUUCAAUGUCGGCGUCUACUUCUGGCGCAUCAAGUACUACCCUAAUGAGGACUAUGUGUCUCUUUCCGUGGAGCUUGCGACCAGGCGAGGGCAUCCUUCAAGUGUUCUGCUCUCAUUCGCCAACCUAUGUGGGUACUUCCUGCAACCAUCGGCGUAUCUACAGGAUGACAACCUUGCGAUUGAAUGUGAUAUCACAGUUCUGGCGGCAAUAACUGUGCCUCCCUUUGACAUCCAAGUGCCUCCCUCAAACCUGUCGGAUAAUCUCAGAGAAUUGCUUAAGGCAGGGGAAGGAACAGAUGUCACGUUCAAGGUUAGAAGGGAGAGUUUUCCUGCACACAAGAUUGUACUUGCGAUGCGGUCACCUAUCUUCAAAGCGGAUCUCUUUGGGUCGAUGGGCGGCGGGACAAGGCGUACCAUAACCAUAGAAGAUAUGCAACCAGCUAUUUUCAGUGCAUUGCUUCACUUCAUCUACACGGAUUCAUUGCCUUCCAUGGGGACAUCUGAUGGAGAUGAUGGUGAAGAUAUGGUCAAGUACUUGGUCGUGGCAACGAAUAGGUAUGCCAUGAAGAGGAUGAAGGUGAUACGUGAGAGCAUCCUUUGCAAGAAUCUUAAUGUUUGA